CAGCUCGGCUUCGAUACARCUCCUCUCCUAUGUGGUGGCUCCCGCGACCAGCUCCUUGAACGUGAACAGUUAAGCUGAAGAGCGCUUUUCUAAAUACCACGAAAAUCUCACCGACUUUGGGGGGAGUUGGUCCUCGGUUGGAUAAGGUUUUCCCGCUCCGUGAGUUGGACCCAAAUCUCUAACUAUACCAGCAAUGGAUACUUGGCUUGGCUUCUGCCCAGGCUUGCACUUAACUCUGUGUACCUGGCUUCUGAUCUCCGCUCAUACCCAGCUAAAUGYCAAGGCGGAGAUAACUUGCGCAUCGUGCCAGUCGCCGGUCCAGCUACACCUGAAGGAAUUACAGCUGGAUACCGGUACGCACGCGGCUGAUGGUACGAGGCAGGCGGCCAAAGCUCUGGAACAGGUCCGGCUGGAGUACCAGCUACUCGGAGUUACUGACCAAAAUACUGGAGUACCAAGCGACACCCAACAGGCAGGUGUUCUCGUGGAUGAGCCGAGAUUCACUAGCGAUGGAGUUACCCCAAAAGUCGCUCUGGAAGAUUCAACCGGGUCUAGUGAAAACGAAGAAAGGUACCGUGGUGAAUAUAAUAUUGGGGUGGAUGAUUUGGGUAAGGUCAAGGAUGGUGCUGUGGAUGUUGCGUUACGGAGAGCGAAGCGAAGCGGUCCCGAACCCCCCGAGUUUAGGGAGAGCCUUAGGACCGGUGGCCCCGGUUUAGAAGGAGAGACAUCGGAUGAGAGAAGGAGUCCUGGUCCGUUACUGGACGGACACAGACUGGGCCGAUCCGAAUUCAAGUGGAACAGGGACGAGGGUCGAGGGACUUCCAGAGGAGAUGAUCCCAAACUAAGCAGCGCUACUUUCGCCUUGACCGGGGACUCAGCGCAUAACCACGCAGUGGUUUACUGGUCGGGGCAUAACAGCAGCGUGAUCCUGAUUCUGACCAAACUUUAUGACUUUCACCUGGGGAGUGUUACAGAGAGCACCUUGUGGAGAUCAACAGACUAUGGCUCCACCUAUGAGAGGAUGAAUGACAAAGUGGGAUCUAAGACGGUGCUGAGUUACCUGUAUGUCUGUCCAUCCAACAAGAGAAAGAUAAUGGUGCUGACAGACCCUGUUGAGAGCAGUGUGCUCAUCAGCUCGGAUGAAGGAGCAUCCACAUCGUCAGCAAGACAGCACCAGGUGUUCGGGCCAGUACAGGAGUGGAACCAGAACGACACGUACAAGCCCGUACUCUCCGACACCCGGAUCACUCUUCACCUGGCCAUGGAAAUGUAUAAUAGCUUCGUCAAAUAUAAUGGACUGUCUGUCAUUUCUCAGCCCUUCUGUUCGCUCCAUCUCCAACUGCAGACGUCUGAAAACCCCUACUUGUCAGGCAGCAUAUCAACCAAGGCCUCAGCACCGGGAAUCAUAGUGGCCACAGGGAAUAUUGGGUCUGACCUGUCGUACAAUAACGUUGGAAUGUUCAUCUCAUCUGAUGCUGGUAACAACUGGAGACAGAUAUUCGAGGAGGAACACAAUGUCUGGUUUCUGGAUAAAGGAGGGGCCCUUGUCGCUGUGAAACAACCAACCGCCCCCACUAGACAUUUACAAAUAAGUUUUGAUGAGGGGCGUCAGUGGACCAGACACAGCUUCUCCUUGGUGCCUCUGUUCGUGGACGGGAUGCUGGUGGAGGCCGGGACAGAGAACCAGAUCAUGACGUUUUUUGGACAUUUCAGCCAUAGGUCCGAGUGGCAGCUUAUCAAGAUAGACUACAAGUCCAUCUUCAACAGGAAAUGUACAGAAGGAGACUAUCAGACGUGGCACCUUCACAACAAGGGCGAGCCGUGUGUGAUGGGCCAGAAACAGAUCUAUAUGAAACGCAGACCAGGAAACUAUUGCAUGCUGGGAAAAGACUACGCCAAAGUCCUCUCUGCUGAGUCGUGUAUCUGUCGGGCCCACGACUUUGAAUGUGAUUAUGGYUAUGAACGGCGUAGAGAAGGGAACUGUCUACCAGCGUUCUGGUUCAACCCAGCUGUUGUAUCAAGGAGCUGCAGCCAAGGACAGAACUACCUCAACAGCACAGGGUACCGAAAAGUGGUGUCCAACAACUGCAUCAAGGGAGUCAAGGACAUGUACACACCCAGGAAGCAGAUGUGUCCCAACAGGGCUCCAAAAGGYCUUUCUCUCUCCACCAGAGAGGGCAAGCUUACCGCCGACCUGCACACCAACGUCACCUUCCUGGUGCAUCUGGAUGAGUUGCUGGCUCCAUUUGUGGCCAUCAAGAACAAGGAAGUAAACCUAACAGCAGUGGUCUGGCCCAKCCACUCCAGGACCCUCACCUACUUCUGGUGGCUGGGGAACAGCACUGAGUUCUUCAAAUCUCUGCUUUUAUCUUUCUCCCCUAAUCUGGACGAGURCAACCCUGACGUCCCCGAGUGGAGACAGGAUGUGGGGAGAGUCAUUAAGAAGGCUCUGCUCCAAGUGUCAGACUUUCCAGAGGAUCAGCUAUUGGUUGCAGUGUUUCCAGGUGUGCCAACGGCCGCUGAGCUCUUCCUGUUACCACACAAGAACCAAUCAGAGGGCAGGAAAAAGAGCGAGGAGGAGCUAGAGCAGAUCUCUGAGAUACUUGCCAGCGCUCUGAACCAGAAUCUGGUGGAGUUUGAGCUAAAGCCAGGAGCAAGAGUAAUCGUUUACAUCACACAGCUAACUUUGGCACCCUUGGUGGAUUCCAKCCCGAGACACAGCAGUUCAGCCAUGCUGAUGCUCCUAUCAAUAGUAUUCCUGGGUUUAGCAGUGUUUCUCAUCUACAAAUUCAAGAGAAAAAUCCCCUGGAUGAACAUAUACGCGGAGGUGAACCAGGAGAAAGAGCAGGAGAUGAUCGGUUCGGUCAGCCAGAGCGACAGCACGCCUAAGACCACCCUCAGUGAGUUCUCUACGCCCAAAGAAGUCAUGGAGAAGGAGAUGGACGCCAGAGUUAAACGGCGAAUUGGAAAUGCCUGCGAGAGCACAAGGGAGAUUCCUAACUGUACUAGCGUGUAAAGCCAGGGAAGGAAUGCAACAAAUGUGUACAGACUUAAAGUAUUGCCAUUUUGAGGGUUCGCUCUAUUCUGGUUUCUUUUGUAAUUUCUCAAACACAACCCCAAUGUUAAUAGUUUUCUAAGGACCUCAUUUAUACUGAAGUGCAUGGGUGUCUUGUUUGAUAGCAUCUAUGCUGCAAAUUUGAAAUCAAUCCACUAAAUAAGACACGUUUUAAUAACAAGUAUAAGCUACAUAGGCCUACUGUAACACAAUUUGGAUUAUAAAGAAAGGUUUAAUUUUCAGUCCGUAAUUGUCUUAUUUCAUGGACUUUUCUCAAAGCCUUUAUCAAAACCUAUGAAGAGAGUUAUGUACAUUUCUUAACGUUUUAGUUUUCAUGAGGUCUAASAGUUUUUGUCUGUAUGAGCCAUCAUGUCUAGGUCUCCGAUCUAACAGGGAAUAUUAUUGAAAUUGUACCAUAUUAUCUUUAGAUAUCCGUUAUCGCUCUGUAUAUAAUAUAUGUAUAUU